CGGGCAAAGUUUGGUGCCGCGGGCCCGAGGCGCUGAGGCACCGGCGGGCCGGGUGAGGGGAGCGGAGCGGGGCCGGGCCGGGCCACCGGCACUCGGGGCCGCGUUUUGUGGUGCGGGGCCUGCGCGGAGCGGAGAGUGCGGAGCCAACGGCACCCGGGGCCCUGCCGGCAGAGCCAGCAUGUCCUCCAUCCUGCCUUUCACUCCUCCCAUCGUCAAGCGGCUCCUGGGCUGGAAGAAAGGGGAGCAGAACGGGCAGGAGGAGAAAUGGUGCGAGAAAGCGGUGAAGAGCUUGGUGAAGAAGCUGAAGAAGACGGGGCAGCUGGACGAGCUGGAGAAGGCGAUCACCACGCAAAACAUCAACACCAAGUGCAUCACCAUCCCCAGGUCCUUGGAUGGCAGACUGCAAGUAUCCCACAGGAAAGGUCUUCCCCAUGUGAUCUACUGCCGGCUGUGGCGGUGGCCGGACCUUCAUAGCCACCAUGAGCUGCGGGCCAUGGAGAUGUGCGAGUAUGCCUUCAACAUGAAGAAGGAUGAAGUCUGUGUCAAUCCUUAUCAUUACCAAAGAGUGGAAACCCCAGUGUUACCUCCAGUGCUGGUGCCUCGGCACACGGAGAUCCCGGCUGAGUUUCCGCCAUUAGACGAUUACAGUCACUCUAUUCCAGAGAACACUAACUUCCCAGCAGGUAUUGAGCCACAGAGCAACUACAUUCCAGAGACACCUCCUCCAGGCUAUUUGAGUGAGGAUGGAGAAACCAGUGACCACCAGAUGAACCCCAGCAUGGAUGCAGGUUCUCCAAACUUAUCACCAAACCCUAUGUCUCCAGCACACAAUAAUCUGGAUCUGCAGCCUGUCACCUACUGUGAGCCAGCUUUUUGGUGCUCCAUAUCCUACUAUGAACUCAACCAGCGAGUGGGAGAGACUUUCCAUGCUUCCCAGCCCUCCAUGACUGUGGAUGGUUUCACUGAUCCCUCCAAUUCGGAACGUUUCUGCCUCGGGUUGCUCUCUAACGUCAACAGAAACGCAGCAGUGGAGCUGACAAGGAGACACAUUGGGAGAGGAGUGAGACUCUACUACAUUGGUGGUGAGGUGUUUGCUGAGUGCCUCAGUGACAGUGCCAUUUUUGUCCAGUCUCCCAACUGCAACCAACGCUACGGCUGGCACCCUGCAACAGUGUGCAAGAUCCCACCAGGAUGUAACUUGAAGAUAUUUAACAACCAGGAAUUUGCUGCUCUCUUGGCUCAGUCUGUAAACCAGGGCUUUGAAGCUGUCUAUCAGCUGACCAGAAUGUGCACAAUUCGGAUGAGCUUUGUCAAGGGCUGGGGAGCAGAAUACAGGCGUCAGACUGUGACCAGCACUCCCUGCUGGAUUGAACUGCACCUGAAUGGCCCCUUGCAGUGGUUGGACAAGGUCCUGACACAAAUGGGCUCCCCCAGCAUCCGUUGUUCCAGUGUCUCCUAAGGAAGCAUCUCCCUGAGGGUCAGGUGGGAGGAAGAAAGACUCUGGAAAAUGGAAUUGGCUUAUCCCUUAGCAAAAUACAUGGUAAAGAAAUUCCCAGUUGUUGAAGUGAUGAAGAAAAAAAUCUGCAAGAAAACCCCCAACCCUCCAAUGUGGGUUUUCUUUGUUUUGUUUUUUUAAACACCCAUUUUAAGCCACUUCCACUGAAACUGUUAGCACUUUGGUUACUAUGUUAUGGGCCAUGGCAGUCAGAAUAGGAAGCUGAAGUUUCUAAUGAUAAAAAAAACAAAAACCAAACCCUGGACUUUAUUUCAGCAGAGAGAAGGCAGUGGGUGCUCUGCCUCCUGCCACAUCCUGCCCCUCACUCCCUGCUCUGGGGAGCACAGAGGAGCCCCUGACAGCUCAAAGGGAACUUCCCAUUUGCUUCCCACAACUCCAGGUUCUUGUCACACACCCCCUCUGAACAGCUAGAUGCUGUGGGACUUGGGGAUGAACCCUGCAUCCCUGUCAGCAGCCACCUGAUCCACACCUGCCCUCCUUGGGACUGCAGCAGCAGCAGGGGGGAAAGGAAGCAUUUCAAGCACAGACAAGAACCAAUUCCCCCAGGAAUGUUCCCAAAAGGAAUGGAUUUCCCACGCUGGACUUCUACCAAGGAGGCAGCCUCGUGCUUGAGGGAUGCAGCUGAUGCCUUGAUGGUCUCAGACUGGCCUGACAUGAAGCAAAAGCUCAAACUUAAGGCUCCUUCUGCUAUUGCUGCAGCAAUGUUUUUGACUUGAGCUUCUCCCAGACAGACAUUUGUCACGUGGGGAGCUCUGCCUGGAGGCAUUAAGCCUUCUGUGUUGUGCAGUCUGUUUGCAUAACCCCCCCAGAAAGUUUGUAGUCUGUUUUCUCAGUAUGCUGAAUGGUUUCUGCCACUUGGGAAGUGCUGGGGGCUCAGUGAAUCCAGUGGCUGCCCCAGGGGUGGAAGGGCCCAGGCCCCUUGCUGCCACUUUCAGAAGAUGCAGUUCACCAGGUGAGCAUCCCAGGCUGUCACACCCCACUGGGCACCAACCAGGACAUCUCAGACACAACCCCCCCUCUAUUUUAAAACUUAUCUCAGCUGAUUAGAAUGCUCUGAGAUAGGUUUUUGCCUGGAGAAAUUGGGAGAGUGUGUAUUUACUUGUAUUAUAAAAUGUUUGUUUUAAAUAUACAUGCUCUGGACUGUUUAAUACUUUUUUUUUUCCCUGCAGCAACUGUCCCAGCAAACAACUUCCCCAACUGGAAAAAAAUCCCUUAGCACUUGUUUUUUAUGGUUCAGAUUUGCCAAAUAAGUCUCAUAACUUUUGUCAGUGCUUAUCCAGUUAUCUGUUUCUUUAUAUCUGUGCUGAAUUUCACAUGCAUUUGUGCCAAAAGAUGAGAAAGGGGAGGGGAGAAAAUGAUAAUCAGUUUCCUAUGGAAAUCUUUUUUUUUUCUUUUGGGUUUUUUUUCAUCUAGGAAGGACACACACACACACAGAUGAGUGAGAUCAGGCUCUGGGAAGGGCAGAAUGAAUUUUAUGAUGCUUUGUGUUAAGGCUUUAGUCCUGCAGACUUCUGUGCUCCCAGAUGUGGCCACGAGCUGCUCCACAGGUUGAGGUUUGCAGCUCCCUGGCCCCAGCAGGGACUUCUUACAGCAUUUCAAACACUCCCAGGAAUUUCCAGAGGCUUUUCCUGUUUCUUUUGAGACUUCUCUGUUCAUCAACCCCACCUCCUGGUUCCUAAAAACCCAACACUUCUGGACCUGAGGCAGCUGCAGGAGGUGACCCAAACCCAGAUAUCCAGGAUGCUCAGUGCUGGGGGUUGUUUUCCCAGGCAAAUGAAGGGAUGCUUUACAAGUUUUCUUCCAGGAAUGAGAUGUUUUGUAGAUGAAAUUUAAAUUCUGAGGAAGACUCCUGAGUGGUGGAUGUGCUCCCAGGUGCUUCAGGCACUUCUGAAGAUCCUCUCUGCACAGUUUUGACUCCAGCUUUCCCUCUGCAACGUGGCUUGGUGUCUAGGAAGGUUUUUUUUUCAGUUUAAUUUUUGCAACGUGUCUGAUUUUAAUUAACCUCUGAUUGCAUGGACUUGUGCAAUAAGAGCAUCUGUAGGAUUUUCUAGCCACUUAAAAAAGCAGCUCUGGCUGUCACUGUGGAUUGAUUUGGCAUUUACUUUCAGAUACAGGUUUCUAACACAAUUCUAACAACUUAUCCUGACUUUUCUGGAAGUCUUUGACUUGCUGCUUUAGUGAGUGAGAGAUGGGAGGAAAAAAAAUCUAUGUGGAGUGGCCCCAGGAUUCCUCCCCAGGUGUCUUGAAGUCACAUUUGCUUAUUUUAAUGAACAAACUCUUUUCAUUGUCCACAUAAUCGAGGAAGAAAUUGGACUUUGUGGUGCUUUGUGCAUUAGGAACAAGAAAAAAAAAAAUCACAUCUAAAAUUCCAGUGUUGGAGAGUUCAUUACAGGUGACAGUGUGGGCAGGAACCCAGCCUGACCCAGAGCUGGAAUAAACCCUGACUUUAAUAUGAAUUUGCAGACAGAAUUGCCAAACUAAGAAUUGGACCUGGAUUUCCUCUAGGAACCAGAUUUCUAUCUUCUUAAUUAAUUGCUAGCUGUUAUUAAUAGAUGCCUUUUGAAAAACAGGAUCCAGAUGAUGCAUAAAAACUGGGGUUAAUCUCAUCAUCCCUUGAGUAAAAUGGCUUCAAAUGGAAAAUGUAAGUCCAGUUAAAACUGAGAGGAUUAUCUCCACUGAAGCAUUAUUAAUUUCCUCUCCUCCCCUUUUUUUGCCUUCUCACCAAUUCCUAAAAGCUUUGUGGCUCCUGAAGUUGCCUUCUGAAGUCUGAGGGGAACCCCUCUGCCCUGCAACCCAUGGGGAUGGGGCAGGAGCUGAGGUUCCUCAGAGCUGCUCAGGUUGGAUGCUGUGGACACUACAGAAAGGGAGGAGGGAGUGUGGGGUUCCUGUGCCCCAGAGCUGCCCGGGGCUGCUGCUUCUUGGCUUUUUCCUCUUUUUUCUACAACUUUCUGAAAGUAGCUUGGAUGUGUAGCACAAAUGUAAGCAAUCAGCCAUCCUCAGCUUCCUGUUUCAUGGCAGUCUGGGCUUCUUUCACCAGGAUUCCCUAGGUUUUUGUUACUAGUAGAGAGUCACUAGCAGGAACUUUGACUCUUUAAUUGGUGUAGCUGUACACAAGGGCCUGGCUGCUGGCAGAUGACACUGAUGGCCUUGUGGUUUUAAAUGACUGUGGUGUUCUGUUGUUUUUGUUUUGUUUUUAAUUAUUAUUAUUAAUGUAUUGAUCUGAAUUGCAGUCUGUAUUUUGUGUUAAGCUUUUCUUAGAAGUAAUCCAGUGCUUUCCAUUUGAUUUAACCACCAGGAAUGAGCAUGUGUGUGUGUGUACACAGAUGGAGAAAUCAACAAAUUGCCCCAAACCUUUGGCUCUCCGUAUCAUGCCAUGAAAAGGCUGGGGGUAACCUCUGAGAAAAGAGUUAAACAAAUUGGUUUCCUCUCCCCUCAGCAAAGUUUGAACCAUGCAGAGCCUUCCUCUGCAAUAUUCAGGACUCCAUCUGGAGGGUUCACAGCAGUGCCUGGUGCUGCUUCCUAACUGGAAAAGCAGAAGGAGCAAGAAGAAGGCAGCUCAGUGAAGGACUUCAGCUGUUUGACAAAACAUCUGGGAGCUUCCCUAAUUCUCUAAGGUACAGGAUAGGUAGGAGGGAUGGGAUUCCAGAAAUAAGCUGGUAAGCUAGGAGGAGAAGUAAUUAGUCCCUGUGUAGUGGUAGAUUGAGCAGAAGUUCAGUAUUUGUUUUAUUAUGUACAUGCUUCUAUAUUUAUGUUUUUUCUUGAGUAUUCAGAUGAAUCAAAUAUUUAAUUUUGAAGCGAAAGGACACUUAAGGAGUGUUAAAUCUUUGCUAUGUUCCUUUCUGGUGACUGCUAGAAAUGAGGCAGCCCCUGAGGUGGGAAAAGCCUCAGCUCAGAACUGAGCAGCAGCCCCUGGCCCAGCAAACCCAACAAGAACUCAGCAGCUGGAGCUUUGCCCUCAGCUGCUGCUUUAUCCUUCAGGUUCCCAGACAGCCCCUUGAGUUGUGCUCCUCAGGUCUUGUCAGCUUUCUGAGGCUUUAAGAAGACAGCAACCUCUUCCCCCAGAGAUGUUUUGGUUCCUCUUAGCUUUCCUCCAGUCCAGGGAGGAGUCUGCACCAGCCUGGGCUGCUGAGAGCAUCUCCUUCACCUCCCCAGGGAGGCAGCUGGCAGUCUCCACCCUCCCCUGAGCUGCUGCCCCUUUGUUAGCAAUGUAUGAGCAUGUUUGCAUUUAGUGUUUAGAUUUUUCUUAACCUGAGAUUGUAUGUUACUGCCCAGUGCUGUCACCUGCCUGCUUCAGCUUGUUCAGCAUUAUUCACCUAUUUUGUUACUAAAAGCCUGUACUAUGUAUGCCCUCUUCUUUCAUAUGUGAAACUGUAAGUUCUAUUUUUUUGACAUUUUAAUAAACUUGGAUUU